CCUCGACUCGCCCGAACUUUGCUUUGCGCUCCUCUCACUCCUCUGCGCGGUACAACUGCGCGGCAGCAUAAUUUUUUAAAUGUACUGAUAACCGUGUGUUACUAAUUUAAAUUUAAAGUAAAUAAAUUUAUUUGAAAAUAGGACCUUUAUUUUACAUUUAUUUUAUCAGUACGUUUUCCACUUUCCUUCACUUUCUCUGCACUGACGUUUUUUACGCGUGUGAGGUUAACUUUGCUGUCAGUGAUUCGUAUUGUUGUUUUGACAUUUCGUGUUAUCUCACGGUAAUCGUACUGUUUUGAUUUAAUAUCUUAAAUUAAUAUUAAAUUCGUAGGCAUUAAAGGAUUAGUGUGUGUAGUGAUUUUGAGUGGGUUUAGAGAUACGAGGAACAAAGUGAUAUUCUUUAUGUGAUCUGGUUUUGGCCACUGUGAUUUUGAUAAAGCCAGUUCGUUUACUGCCGUGUUUUGUGCUUGUGAUUUUUAAAGGAUUUCUUUUUUUUUGGGAAUUGAAUAAGUCAACAGAUCAGAUAUAAUUAGGAUGAGCUGCGUUAAUUAUAAGUAGAAAUGCUGUUAAGAAAUCGGGGUUGCAUUGUGUAAUGCCGCAGUGAAGAUGUCGUGGGACACGAUGAGCCUGCUGGGGGUGGGGCGGCACUUCGCCGGCGUGGGGCGGCUGCGGCGCGCGCUGCUGCUACUCGCUGCUGCCGCCUGCACCGCCGCUGCCUUGCUCUAUUGGCGGCAGCAAAGUGAUGAGAACACACACAGGCCGCUGCAUGCUAUGUACACAGCCGGCGAACCACAAUGGAGUUGGAUCUGCAGAAACGACCGAUGCGAGCGCUUGCUGGCAUCAGAGACGACCACGCUACAGUCGCUAGUAACAUGCAACAUGCUCUGCGCGUCGACGCAACUGUGGCCACAGCCCACCGGGCCAGUCAGCCUAGCGACGGGCGCUGUUCCUAUCCGUGCUGACUCCUUCUCACUUCAUGUAGUUGCAUCCCCAUCGCCUGACGUCACCGAUCAUCUAAACGACGCUUUCGCGUUAACAAAGGAGGAUAUGAGAAAUCUUGAGCGAAGCGUCAGUAGCUCGCGUCGAGAUGAUGUAGGUACACCGCGGGCAGUACGCAUAAGGGUCUUCGUCAACGGCUCUGGCGACCCACGUCUUCGAUUAGACACUGACGAAAGCUACAAGCUUUCUUUAGGCUUUGAUAGGCAAGAGCUUGUAGCCAAUAUCACAGCGCAGUCUUUCUGCGGCGCACGACAUGGCUUCGAAACGCUUUCGCAACUAGUCUGGGCAGAUCCUUACGCCGGAUCACUUCUUAUAUUGACGGCAGCUGUGAUAGACGACGCACCAAGGUUUAAAUUUAGAGGAUUUUUGUUAGACACUGCUCGAAACUUUUUCCCUGUGAGUGAGCUGCUUCGCACAAUAGAUGCUAUGGGCGCAAAUAAGCUGAACACUUUCCAUUGGCACGCCAGUGAUUCGCAAGCGUUUCCACUCCAACUUCAAAGUGCGCCUCAGCUGGCGGCGCACGGCGCAUACGGUGCAGGAGCGAUAUAUACCACUGAUGAGAUACGAGCAGUAGUUCGGCGGGCGCGCCUACGUGGUAUUAGAGUUUUAUUAGAAGUAGACACCCCAGCGCAUGUGGGACGAGCCUGGAGUUGGGGUACCAGCGCAGGGCUAGGCCAGCUCGCGUACUGUGUUGAAGCCGAACCGUGGAGCGUGUACUGCGGAGAACCGCCGUGCGGUCAGCUUAACCCUAAAAACCCACACGUUUAUGCUUUACUAGAAAAGAUCUAUGCAGAAAUUAUCACAUUGACGGGGGUGGAUGAUAUCUUCCAUCUUGGUGGAGAUGAGGUAUCAGAACGCUGCUGGUCGCAGCACUUUAACGACUCAGACCCAAUGGAAUUAUGGCUUGAGUUCACCCGACGGGCUUACCGAGCGCUGGAGAAAGCCAACGGAGGCAAAGCACCAGAAUUGACCUUGCUUUGGUCUUCUCGGCUAACACGCUCGCCUUAUUUAGAGCGCUUAGACUCGAAACGUAUCGGUGUGCAAGUGUGGGGAGCGUCGCGAUGGCCCGAAUCCCGUGCGGUGUUAGAUGCAGGUUUCCGCUCAGUUAUAUCGCACGUGGACGCAUGGUACUUGGACUGCGGAUUCGGAUCAUGGCGGGAUAGUUCAGACGGGCACUGCGGGCCGUACCGUUCGUGGCAGCAGGUGUACGAGCACCGGCCGUGGACGGAGGAGGGCGGAGGGGGAGGGGUGUCCAGUGCCGGCGAGCAGGUGCUGCCGUGGCGGAUAGAGGGCGGGGCGGCGUGUCAAUGGACUGAGCAACUGGGACCAGGCGGCUUAGACCCGCGAGUGUGGCCGAGAACGUCGGCGCUAGCUGAGCGACUGUGGUCAGACCGCGGCGCGGGGGCAGAAGCAGAUGUAUACCUACGUUUAGACACGCAGCGCUCGCGCAUGGUGGCUCGGGGGGUGAACGCGGCGCCGCUGUGGCCCCGCUGGUGUACCCAGAACCCUCACGCGUGCCUCUAGCUAGUGCCGACGUGCGACUAUUACGAUAUCUUAGUCAAUGCCUCGACUAUUCCGAUGUUAUAUCUACCCGACGAUGCCACGAACAGUUUGACUACAAUUUUAACGCCGUUGAUGGCUUAUGAAAUGAUGUAAACUGACUUUAGCAUAGUUCAGUGAGGCCGCUUCUUGUACAUAAUAAACAUAGGAUAAGUAGAUAACCUUAGCAAUAUAGUUACAUAAUCAAAUAGGUAGGUAAAUAAUCGUUGAAAAUUAGAUCUUUGUAUUUAAUUGGUGUUAAAUAAAAGUUGAUACGUUAAUGUCGCUUAACAAAUGUUACAUAUUUUACAUUUAUCUAAAUUUGCCUCGGCAUGGAAUCUUAUACAAACCAGAGGCAAAGUUAUGUUAAAUGAAAAAACAUUCUAAUGAAAUACACCGUGGCAAUUUAAUGUCUAUGUUAUAUUUGUACCUACGACUAGGUUACAUGUUGUAAGCUAAUUCCUAUGUUCCAGCAAAGCUAUAGGUUUUCCUAUUAAUUAAGUCUAUAACCAACUUGGAAAAGCAACUCCCAAAUCUUAAUUGUAUUGGCCAAAAUCCCCGUCUAGAGUACUUAUACUUUAAAAAGGCAAUUAACAAGGGAGCCAUGCAUUUUCUUAAUUUUAAUCCCGAGGUAGUAAUCGAUAAUUUCCUUGUGUCCUUUACGUCAUCCAUACCUAGCUAAAAGUUUGUUUUGUGUUUCAACUGCCUAAGUUGGUUGCUCUUAAUAUUGACUAGAGGUAAACUUAGAGAUGCCGUAGCUUCGGAUUUUGCCUACAACGUAUGAUCAGUGAAAUUGCAUCCAUAGGUGCAACAGCGUCUGCCCUAGAUACAACUGUCCACACUUUUCAGACGUAAUUACACGUAUAGGCGAAAUUGUCCCAGCUGAUUAUAUUUAAAAACAAUCUUGUUAAGCUAUCAAUAAUAAGCUAUAAGCCAAGAUGUGUAUUCAAAUUGCCAACACGUACCUACUCAUUAGAUGGUGUAAGAAUUUGUUGUCAAUUACGUCACACGGGUGGAACGGUCGACGUCUAAUGUGUUCACGUUUUUGGACCUUAAGUACUCAUUACUCGUAGUAUCACAUACGAGUAAGACUUCACAUAAUUAUGAUCCAAAAUGAUACAUUUAUAACAAGGACAACUGAUUUUGACGAUUACUUUAGCUUAGUCGACCUUACCCAGCAAGCUCCAGAGUUCGAAAUAGAAGCACGGAUGUUUUCAAAGUAUUUUCUGUGUAUUAGUAAUACAAAUAAUAGUUUUUAUAACUAUAAAGAAACAAUACUAAACAAUGAAAUUGUCGCAAUCGCAACCUGUACCAAGCGACCAAAACGUUGUAAGCUCCGUGAAAUUUAUGGCGCUUACGCGUUUAAGUCGCGAGGUUCACGCUCCGCUUCCUAUUAUUUGAUUUUGUUGCCGGCCGUCAACAACUAAUGGCGCAUAGUUCAAUGUUUGGAUCAUAGUUAAGUGAUAAUGGACUGUUGGCGGAUAUGUUGCGGUGACAAGAGAAUAGCCAAUAUUGCAUAUUUGUGUGUUCUCAUAAUAACAUAAAUUAUCAGUAGGUCUCUUUAUGUUAAUAAUUUAUACCAUGUACAAACUAGAUUAGCUAUUUAUAAACUGAAGCGUUUAAUGGGAUGUUACCUGAAGUAAAUAAUUUUGUUAUUAAUAAUUUAAAACUAUAUUAUAUAUAUAGGGUGGAAUUAAGUUAUUUUGGGGAUUUUCUGAAAAAUUGAUAUUGUAUUCAUCAAGUGGAUUAAAUAAGUUAUUUGGAUGAAAUCUCAUUUAUCGAAAAUUCGCAAUUUUGAAAUCUCAUUUAUCGAAAAUAUAUUUCUUCUGCGGUAUUUUGUGUUAUCACGUUUGGAAAUACCUAUUAUAUUUAUUGAAUUAUACAUAUUAUUAUUAUAUUAUUAUUUUAUUAUUAUUAUAUUUAUUGUUUCUCGAUAUACAUAUACGCGGAUGACGUGGCUAGAUCGAUUCUUGUAUCAAAUGUAUUGUUGCCAAGUUUUUAUUGUUGGCAUUUUCCCCGUCGAGAACUCACUAAGGGAGGUAUCGUAAAAUGUGCUUAUUUUGCUCCCCACUGAGGGCUAACGCGUAUGAAUUCGCCGCUAAUAGGGGCGCUAGUGUAGAUGGUGAUCUUUUCCAUAGUUCGAAAUGUCACUUGUCACUUCAAUGACUGACAGCUGUUCUUUAGUCUUUUGGACCAUCAUCAACAGAGGCGCCAACUGGUGAGCAAAAAAACGAUAGCCCUCAUUGUGCUCCAAUGUUUUUUAACUUUUAUUCAUUAAAAUUAUAUAGUAACCUCAUUUAUUAUCUACUUUAAAUCGGCAUAAAAUAUAUGAACACCAAAAUAUAACAAUAAAAAAAAAAUUAUAAAUUGCGAAUUUUGGUGCAAAUUUUCAAGCAAAGUAGGAACAUUUUACGAUAGAGCUUCUUUGUCUCAUAGAUUUAAGUAAAAAAUGUACUGAAUCUCCUUAAUUAAUUCUUGGUAGCGAAAGUCUCAAACGAUAACUUUAACAAAAUGACAAAUAUGGUAGCAAAUAUCACACUUUUUAGCUUUACGCUGCGUCUUGCGUAAGCGAACAACUCGCGAACGCGAAGCGAAGCGGCGCGGCGGGCCCUCGGCGUUCGCUUCGCGUUCGCAACGAGAUCAACCACGUAGGACUCUCCUUUAGGUAUCAAAGGAUUGAUUCACCCCGCGCCGCAUCGCUUCGCUUCGCGUUUGCGUGUUGUUCACCUACGUAGUACGCUGCGUUACUAUUGGCACCUAUUAAUUAAGAGAAUAUGACCACAGAUGUGUGGCCAUUUGCCAUUUAGUUGAUAAAAGCAAAAUAAAACUGUGACAGAGACCAAAAGUUGAGAAAUCAGUAGGAAAACAUUAGUAAUAUACUGAUUUAUACAGAAAUUAAUUGGUUUAAAACACAGUUACCCGAUGAGGGAGCCACUGGACGGAAUAUGGCCUCUUAACACUAUUGUAUGUACACAAAAACUUAAUUAUAUAAAACUUUUAUGUUAUUGGAUUAUUUGAAAAUGUCUAGAGCCGAACCAAGUUAACUCUGCACAGAGUUUGCAAUGACAAUGUCAUAUUUCUAUGAAAAUAUAGUUGGUCAAACCAAAGGUCAAAUUGUCAAUAAAUAAGAACAAAAAAAAACUAUACUCAUCCUUUUCUUUUGGGUACUAGUACUAAUGUAAGACAAAGAUAGUAUGAUUCUCUCUGAAAAUUGAUUGAAAUUGAUGAUUUGAUUCUGAUUGAAAUGAGAUAGUCCUUUGACAAACUAUAUAUUAUGUCCGUCUAAGCUAAGCUAAGCUAACUUCGCAGUUUCGCACCUACGUGACCAAAUGAUUGAGCGUCAUUAGGAAUAGGAACGUCAUAUUUUCAUAGAAAUUUGACAUUCAUGAGGACAUUUCCACACUUUGUCAUUGCAAAUGCCAUGCAGAGUUAGCUUGGUCAGACUCUAGCUUGGCUUGACUAUAAUAAAAAGUUAUUGUAGAAAAUAUUUUUUAUAUCAUAUCAUAAUAAUUUGCUGCUAAAAAUAAUAAGCUUUCAUUAUUAUUUGUACGUGUACAUAACGUUUACUAAUUAGGUAUAUUGUUUUGUUAUUUAUUACGGUAUAAUUGAUGUAGUUAAGUGAAAUAGAACAUGUUAAUUUACUUGUGGCCCAUCGUUUACGUUAGGUGUAUGGUAGCUAGUUAAUAGAAAACACGCGUCCCUUUCUAAGUGCAUUCUGUAAUAAGAGAGAAAGGGAGGAUUGUACCUAUAAAACGUGAAAAUGUGUGGUUUUGAAAUUACCAUAAUAUAUAGAGUUGUUAUACUUAUAAUUUAUAAUAAAGUGUCAAACUUUCUACUAGAUCGCAGCCCAUAACGACAUGCUACAUUAAACACAAGAAUCACUAGAUGGCGUUUAAUACCUAAAGAUUUUUUAUUUGUAUUUAGCGUUCUACAUGUGAUGUAGGUAUGUCGUUUUGUUCUGGUUUCAUUGUGUUACCGAAGAAAACCGAGAGAUAUAAUUAAAAUAAAUACGAUAACAGAUAUAUCCUAUAAUAUAGAUCCAUUGAUUUGUAUGAAUUGGCUGGGCACAUAGAAAGCCGUACAGAUUUUGUUUGACUUCAGCACUUCAUACCUACUCACAUUUCACAAGUAAUACUUUCUGUGACGUAAGGUCAAUGCGGCCAAACUUUUUCAAACAAUAUUACACUUUAUCAACUACAUCGAUAAGGAGCGAUUGUUUUUAGUUUCAAAUUAAAAGCAUUUGGUGCUCUGUAGUUGACGAUUGAAAAAAUAUAAAAAUCCGUUCGUGUACGGAAUUUCCCGCUGACAUAGGUAUUUAGCCGCAUUGACCUUAUUUUUCCAUAAAAUCACGCUCCGUUCAUUGUCAUUUGUUACUUAUUGCUUCUUUUCAUAUACUGAGGGUUUUUUUACUAUACUAUAUAUACCUAUCAUCUUUGACUUUUAAUGAUUAUUAGUACGAUGAAAAAUAUAAAUAAUAACUGUAUAUAUACUCACUAGGAAAUCACGCUUAACAUACAAAUGGCCACGUUUAUACUGUAUAGAAAUAAUGAAUGAAUUACAAUGAAAUGAAAUCGUAUCACAAUAAGCUAAGAAUAGGAUUAAGUAGGUAAAUAAAUGUAGACAACCAACCAAUU